AUGGGCCGAAUCGUCGGGUUCAAUGUGUUCUGGGUAGCUUUGCUUGUUUUCUUCUGUCUGGGGACCUUUACCUUGACGUCGAAGAAAUGGCACGCUAGCCAGUACACGCCAACAGAGGAAUCUCGGGGGGAUACGUGGUCCGUGACGGCGGAACGACAGAGGGGGUCAGACAUUUUCAAUCAAACCCUCGGCUUCCACAAAGUCUUCGCCAUUGGGUUGCCAGAGCGAUCAGAUAAGCGAGAUGCGCUCACUUUGAUGUCGGCCCUCACGGGUUUCCGGAUUAGUUGGAUUGAUGGCGUGAAUGGCAGUGAGGUCGUUGACAAGGCCCUACCCUUGGGCUGGGACCGGCCUAAUAUGAGGGAUAGCAACCUCGGCUCGUGGCGUGGGCAUAUCAAUGCCAUGCAGAAGAUUGUUGAGGAGCGGAUCGGGUCCGCCCUUAUUAUGGAGGACGAUAUGGACUGGGACGUCAAUCUGAAGAAGCAGUUGACUCACGUGGCAUUUGCUGGGAAGCAAUUGCAGGUGGAUUGGAGUCAGGGGCCAGGUCCCCUGGGAGCCAGCCCUUAUGGGCAGGAUUGGGAUAUGCUUUGGUUCGGCGUCUGCGCGACCACUUUCGAUGAACACCUCCCCGAGUGGCUACAGAUCCCCUCCGAGCAGAGGGAUCCGCGCAAGGUCUUGAUUCACGACGAUCCCACCGUUCCGCCUGGAAGCCACAUCAUGGGAAACUUGUCCUUCAGCUGGCAGGAUUACCCACCACAGACCCGCAUCGUAUAUGUCCCCGGGGACAACAUUUGCAGUUACGCGUACGCUCUUUCCUACGCGGGGGCCGUGAAGGCGCUACAGUAUCUCGGCUUGGAGGGACAGCACAAGCCGUUUGAUAACCACUUGAGCGACCUGUGCCGAGUGAGGGCCAACGGAAUGCGAUGCAUCAGCGUGACACCAAGUCUGUUUGUUCAUCACAGGCCAAAAGGCAACGUGGCCGGAGACUCUGAUAUCAAUGGCCCUGGUGUUACUGAGGUUAGGAAAAUUGGCUUCACUGAGAAUAUUCUAUAUAGCACGCGCCUGAAUCUCCGCAAUCUGAUAACAGGAGCACGUGCCGAGAAGCAGUGGCAAGACUGA